CACCUUUCCUUCAAACAAUAUACUUUCCUGUCCAUACCCGGUAUCGGUUCUUGCGUCAUCACAACAUACACACAUACUAUUCUCUAGUAUCUAAUUAUCUGGCCUCUCGAUCCGUUGACUCAACGCAACAGCUGCCGGCAGCAUCGCAUCGUCCUCGCCACGCUCAACUGCAUGCGCCCUCCUCGGCAUUGACUACACAUCCCGCACUUUUUCGUCUUAACCGCUCACUUUCCUUUGGUACAAGAUGUUUAAUCGCCCCUCUGUUCCGAACCCUUUCGCCCGCCCCUCUCGAGGGGACGGUUAUUCGGACCCCAACCAGGCUCCCAGGCCUGGGGCAAGUCCCGCUGGAUACGGUGCCUCGCCGCAGAGACCCCCGCAUAUGCCUCCGAGAGAUCAGUAUAGGGAGAAGCCCGGGAGCUCCGGCCAGGCGUGGACGCUACGACCCGCAAAGAGCCCGGAUAAUACGUAUACGUUCGGCAACUUGGUUGCCGUUUCGACCCAGGAAUUCCCGCCCCAUCGCGAUGGCAGUGACCUCCUGCUUCUUAUAAACGAUCUCUAUGUCUUCUCCGCUCGCCCACUGGACGGGUUCCCGCCGGGACAUAUUAGCAUGUCGGAUCCUCAGCGGACAUGGGCUGGUGUUGCCUUCACGGAUGCUGUUAAGGUGCAGAUAUACGAUCCGUUCAGCGGGGGUGGACAAGCAUACGUCGGCUCUACAGACAUCGAAGUGGGAUUUGCUGGGAAAAAGAGGGUCGAGACCCCUUACGACCAAGACGAGCUGGGCAAUGCCGUGAUCAGGAAUUUCCAAAACCAAAUAUUCUCCCCGGGUCAGAAGAUCCUCAUGGAUCACCGGAGCAUCCCCCUUCUAUUGACUGUCAAGACUGUUCAGCGGGUGGAUCUGUCUUCCGGGAAACCCGAUCCUAACGGUGGACACGUUGAGACGGAUCCUACGGCCAGGGGGAUCCUUACGAGCCACUCUCAGGUCACCUUCUUCAAGGACGCCCGUACUGGCAUCAACUUGAAACCUUCCAACCGCCGACCUGCGGCCAACUCCAUCAUUCAACCUGACUUCAAGUUUGAGAACAUGGGAAUUGGUGGUCUUGAUUCCGAAUUUAGCACGAUUUUCCGUCGUGCCUUCGCAUCGCGUAUCUUUCCCCCGGGGCUGGUGGAGAAGCUCGGACUCCAGCACGUCAAGGGUAUCUUGCUCUACGGGCCUCCGGGAACGGGUAAGACUUUGAUUGCUCGACAAAUUGGGAAGAUGUUGAACGCCAGGGAGCCUAAGGUCAUCAAUGGACCAGAAGUGCUGAACAAGUAUGUUGGUCAGUCAGAGGAGAACAUCCGGAAGCUAUUCGCGGAUGCAGAGAAGGAAUACAAGGAGAAGGGUGAAGAAAGUGGCCUGCACAUCAUCAUCUUUGACGAGUUGGAUGCUGUCUGUAAGCAACGUGGCAGUGGAGCAGGUGGUGGUACCGGCGUGGGCGACAGUGUGGUGAACCAGUUACUUUCCAAGCUCGAUGGUGUCGACCAGCUCAACAACAUUCUGCUCAUCGGUAUGACUAACAGGAAAGACAUGAUCGAUGAAGCGUUGUUGCGUCCUGGCCGUCUUGAAGUCCAUAUGGAAAUCUCUCUCCCCGAUGAGAGCGGUCGAGCCCAGAUUCUCAAGAUCCACACCCAGAAGAUGCGGGACAACGAUGUGAUGGAUGAUGACGUUGAUCUGCCCGAGCUGUCCUUGAUGACCAAGAACUUCUCCGGUGCUGAGAUUGCUGGUCUGGUCAAAUCUGCGUCCUCUUUCGCAUUUUCCCGGCAUAUCAAAGUUGGCACGAUGGCUAGCAUCAGUGACGAUGUUGUGAACAUGAAGGUCAACCGAGCUGACUUUCACCAUGCACUUGAGGAGGUUAAACCUGCCUUCGGUGUCUCCGAAGAGGAGCUGUCGAGCCGCAUACAGUACGGCAUUAUCCACUUCUCGCCCACAAUCAAUGAAAUCAUGAAGGAGGGAGAGCUUUUCGUGAAACAAGUUGGCAAUGCUGAAUCCACACCCCUGUUCUCUGUCCUGCUGCACGGUCCCACCGCAAGUGGCAAGACUGCCCUUGCAGCUCGGAUCGCCAUCGAUUCCGGCUUCCCCUUCAUCAAACUGAUUAGCCCCGAAGACAUGGUUGGAUUCAGCGAGAUGGCCAAGGUCCAACACAUCAGCAAAAUCUUCGACGAUGCCUACAAGAGUCAGACGAGUGUGGUUGUCGUUGACAACAUUGAGAGACUCAUCGAGUGGGUUCCUAUCGGCCCUCGCUUUAGCAACACUAUCUUGCAGACCUUGAUGGUUUUCUUGAGGAAGCAGCCUGCGAAGGGAAGGCGACUGUUGGUUCUGGCAACCACCACAGAGAGAGCCGUGCUGAAGCAACUGGACCUGUAUAACUCCUUCAAUGCCGACAUUAGGGUACCCACUGUCAUGACCUACGAGGAGCUGAAGUACAUCAUGAAGAAGUCCGAGGCAUUCGACGAUCAAGAAGUCGAACAGGCGCUCGAAGGCAUUGGUAGCAUCUCAGAUGAUAACACCACUAUUGGAGUGGGUGUGCAGAAGGUGCUCCUUGGCAUUGAGACGGCCAAGCAGGAUGUGGACAAAGUUGGACGUUUUGUGCGCGUCAUUAACAGGGCGAUGGAAGAGGAGCGUUCUUUUGCUUAAAGUAUUUUGAUGGUGACGGAGGAGUGAAUUCUCCGGUAUAUCUUUACUACAUUGGCUAGUUAACAUGUAUAUCUGAAUGGCAGGUAUUAAUUAUGACAAUAAUAUGGUCAUUCACUGUAU